CUUAAUACUCCUGGUCCACAGCGAGAGUCCGCCCACUCCAGACUUUGGCCUUAGCUGUAGGUAGUGUGGGAGCCUGGGAAGUCUAGGAGCAAAGUCUCUCAAGCGGACGAAAAAGCUGCAGCUUAACAAAUUGUGUUGCCUGCCAGCUUUCCCCAGAGCAGGGCAUCUCAUCCCAUCAUGUGGCUGCCUCUGCUUCUGGGUGCCUUGCUGUGGGCAGUGCUGUGGUUGCUCAGAGACCGGCAGAGCCUGCCGGCCAGCGAUGCUUUCAUCUUCAUCACUGGCUGUGACUCUGGCUUUGGGCGCCUUCUGGCACUGCAACUUGACCAGAAGGGCUUCCAAGUCCUGGCCGGCUGCCUGACCCCCUCUGGGGCAGAAGACCUGCAGCAGAUGGCCUCCUCCCGCCUCCACACAACACUGCUGGAUAUCACUGAUCCCCAGAAUGUCCAGCAAGUUGCCAAAUGGGUGAAGACACGUGUUGGAGAAACUGGGCUUUUUGGUCUGGUGAAUAACGCUGGCGUAGCUGGUAUCAUCGGGCCCACACCAUGGCUAACACAGGAUGAUUUCCAGAGAGUGCUGAGUGUGAACACACUGGGGCCCAUCGGGGUCACCCUUGCCCUGCUGCCCCUGCUACAGCAGGCCAGGGGUCGGGUGGUCAACAUCACCAGUGUCUUGGGCCGCAUAGCAGCCAAUGGUGGGGGCUACUGUGUCUCCAAGUUUGGCCUGGAGGCCUUCUCUGACAGCCUGAGGCGGGACAUGGCUCCGUUCGGAGUACAAGUCUCCAUUGUGGAGCCUGGCUUCUUUCGAACCCCUGUGACCAACCUGAAGAGUCUGGAGAGCACCCUGAAGGCUUGUUGGACCCGGCUACCUCCAGCUACACAGGCCCGCUAUGGGGAAGCCUUCCUCGAGACUUCUACAGAUCUUCGAGUGCAGCGCCGCAUCAUGAACCUAAUCUGUGACCCAGACCUAACGAAGGUGACCAGCUGCCUGGAGCAUGCCCUGACUGCUCGCCACCCUCGAACACGCUACAGCCCAGGCUGGGAUGCCAAGCUGCUCUGGCUGCCUGCCUCCUACCUUCCAGCCAAGGUGGUGGAUGCUGUGCUCACCUGGAUCCUUCCCCGGCCCGCCCAGUCAGUGUCCUGAUUCCAGCUUUACAGCAAGAGGCUGACUUUGAAAGGCAAGGCAUCUAUUUCUGUGUCUACCCAGUGCUGCCUGGUUUCUGAUACCAAUUAGGCUCUCAAUAAAUAUGUAUUGCUUUAAAUCAAAAA